UCUCAUUAGGGUUUCACUAUAAAUACCAGUCUCCUUCCUUCGCUUUCUCCUCGCAGCGCAGAUUCGAGCUCUCCAGUUUCUCCGAAGCACUCGCGCCGGCAGUUGCAGAGCUAAGGGAGAGAGAGAUGGCGACGGUGCCGGGGCAGCUGAUAUGGGAGAUAGUGAAGAAGAACAACUCGUUCCUGGUGAAGGAGUUCGGGCGGGGGAGCGCCAGCGUCCAGUUCAGCAAGGAGCCCAACAACCUCUACAACCUCAACUCCUACAAGCACUCCGGGUUGGCCAACAAGAAGACAGUCACUGUUCAACAAGCCGGUAAGGAGCCAUGUGUGUUGCUUGGCACUACCAAGACCAAUAAGCAGAAUAAACCAGCAGCAUUGGUUCACAAGUCUGUCAUGAAGAAGGAGUUCAAGAGAAUGGCCAAGGCUGUUGCCAACCAGGUGGGAGAUAACUACUACCGCCCUGAUCUGAAGGAUGCGGCACUCGCAAGGUUGAGCGUGGUGCAUAGAAGCCUCAAGGUUGCGAAAUCUGGUGUCAAGAAGAAAAACAGGCAGGCUGUUAAGGUCCGUGGCAGGAAAUGAGUUUGAACGGGAAAUUAGUCCCUUCUUUUCCAGUUCGGAGUCUUUCAAGAAAUGGUUUCAUUUGCUGUCUUAUUUUUUCUUGAACUUUUUAUGAGAAUGUAUUUUUUGAGAUGUCAUCGACACAGUUUAGCUAAAGAGGAACUUAGAAUUUUUGGAUCAAGUGCUUUUCCUA